AUUGUAAAAUGUGUUAGAUUUUUUCAUUGCUUCCCAAAACUUUGACAAUAUAUUUUGGUUUUACUAUUGUAUUAUUCUGCGAAUUCCAAAACGCGUUUCAAAUCUAUAUUUAAUAUACCGCUUAAGAUUAAAACAUUUAAUCAUUUCACUUCAACAUGUUUAAAACGAAGAAGAUGGCCUCUGGAUCUAUCGGGUUCUCCCCCAAGUACUCACGUUCAACAUUGAUGUCACUCAAUCCUUUAAAGUUGUCACCACGUACUGAUCGCGUACAAACAUUGAUACAUCAGGCACGCCAAUCAGGUGUUCUUAAUCUUAAUGGUUGUUAUCUGCAAUCUUUGCCAGAAAACGUCUACAGCAUUAACCAGUUACGCAUUAGGAGUGGGGUUGUACGCACGAAGGCGAAAAAGAACUCACAACGUGGUGUGCCCGCGGAAGUGAUGCUGCAGAAGCUCGAUGUAAGUAGUAACUGUGUAAUUGAACUAUCAUCGGAUAUCGGAAAGUUAGACUCACUAACCAGCUUAUCCAUGCAGUCCAAUGCAUUAACCAAAUUACCGGAAGAAAUUGGCCAGUUGAUGAACCUAACUCGAAUUAAUUUAAGUCAGAAUAAAAUAGCGGUUUUGCCACUGGGUUUUUAUAGUCUGAUAAAUUUGCGAUAUUUAAAUAUUUCGUAUAAUUUAAUAGAAGAGUUAAACCGUGGUAUUGGAAAUUUUACCGCUUUAGAGUUCUUCGACUGUGCCAAUAAUCGCUUAAGCUCACUUCCCAAUAGCAUUGGAUACAUGGAUCGCUUGACCAAACUGGUACUCUCAAGCAAUAAUAUAGGUGAACUACCAAAGACGUUGGUGAAUAUGGUCAGUUUACAAAAACUGGAUUUGCAACACAACGAAUUGAUUUCUCUUCCUAAAAACAUGAACCAUUUGCGUAACUUACAUGUACUCAGUUUACAAGAUAAUAAAAUCAUGGACUUGUCUGAACUGGCUGGUUGUGACAGUUUACUUGAGCUGCAUGCGGAUCGUAAUAAGAUCAAGCGUUUACCAAAUAAGUUAGUGUCAACCUGGACUCACCUCAAGGUGCUGCAUAUACCAUUCAACAGGUUAAUGGAGAUUCCUUCAGAUUUAAUAGUCUUGCAAAGUUUAACUGAAGUCGAUUUCUCUUUCAACACCAUCACCAAAUUGUCUACAUCUGUGGCAUUAUUGCAGAAUUUGAUUAAGUUAUACAUUACUGGCAAUCCUAUCCGUCAAAUCGAUACUAAUAUAAAUGCCUUGGAGCCUGCCAAAGUAACAUCAACGGCUUUUAAAGCUUCCAUAAUCGAUGCAAGAAUAGAUCACUGGAAUGAUAGCAAUCAAUUCUGUACCACUAAACGUUCACCUUUAUGUUUGCCCAAUUUUCGAGAGCACCGUUCAGAGGUCGUUAAUUUUUCUAAUGGAAGCCUUACCAAUUUACCGUGUGAGUUCCAGUUUAUGUGCAUUUGUGUAGUUGAUCUCAUUGGUGACAAAACCCGUUCUCGUGCAACGCUUCCACCAUUUCUGACUAGCUUCACAAACUUAAUGAUCCUCAAUUUGUCAAACAAUUAUCUCGAAAAUUUGCCACAAGAACUAGCUGUCUUAAAGAACCUGACUGAAUUGAAUAUAUCACAAAACAAAUUUCAAUAUAUACCAAACUGUGUCUACCGUUUUAAGAAUCUUACGGUUUUGUUGGCUAACGAUAAUCGUAUUAAGAUGAUUGAUACCGGUGACCAAGCUUUGGGAGCUCUUAAGCACCUUACAACAAUCAAAAUGCGUUAUAACCGUUUGACUAGCUUACCAUUCAAUUUAGGAUAUUUUACAAAUAUCAAGACUCUGGACAUCACUGGCAACCCAUUGGACUUUCCUAAGCAGCGUACUAUUAAAAAGGGUACUAAGGCUAUUAUGGCCAAUCUUCGUUAUCGUUCUGAAUGUGCAGUGUAAUUAUUUUCAUUUUUACUACAAAAUUAUUAGUUCUAGCGGUAAAGUAGCAAUAUAAAUCGCUAAGAAAAACCAAAUUCAACAAUGUACCUAUGGGAUUUGCACACUUUGAAUAAUAAUUUUACAUUUUAAUAAACGUG